UUGUCGAGCAGGUUCACCCGAAUCCGGUAUGCGCAUUUUUCUUGUUCGUCCCGUGUGUCACGGUCACCGCGCUGGUGCCGGACCGCGUGGGCGGCCGGUGAGAUCGCAUGCACGGCGAUGCGAGGGGGGCACGCCAAUCCGCCUUCGUCUCGGCCGCUCUAUCUCUGGCGCCGGCGUGCGCCGCUAUCGUGGAUGAACGGCUUGCAUGGGCGGCAACGCCUUGCCGUCGUCGCUCCUGCGGUCAGCUAGGGGACGUCGCGUCUCUAGCCGGGCGGACCCGAGGCAGGUGUGUCCGUGCGGGGGUCCCCAAAGUCGCGGUCUGGCGCGCGUUCGCCCGCGUGUCUGGGCGCCAGCAGCGGAAGCCGGCAAACGAGCAGCGCCGGUUCAAGCGGGGAUGGGUGCCGCCCCCCUCCUCGCUUCGUUUCUCUCCCUCGCGGCGUCGCUCGCUUACUAGUUGGGGCGCACGCGCUUUCUUGCCGAAGACCGCCCGCGGCAGGCUUGAGAAAGCGCGACGGCCCGCCGCUGCAAGGAGGCACUGUGUUUUUUUCUGUCCGAGGCAGCAGCCCCGCUCCCGGCACUGCUCCCGAGAUGCGUCCACCGCGUGCCUACUAGUCGGGCUCGUGCCGUCGUCGCCGCCGUCUACCACUCCGCAUGGCCCCCCGGCUCUGGCUCUGGCUGCACGUGGCAACAGCCAUGGUCGCAGUGUCGUGCACCUACCACCAUGAACGUCACCCUCACUUUAGAAGAUCCCAUACAGAGCAUCACCACUUCCUAGGCAAUUUUCUACUUAAUGGCACGGGCGGCAAAGACAGCCACAUCAGCUUGGACUCGCGACCGUCAUCAGAAUUGCUGCCAUAUAGCGAGUCUUACAAUGACCAAGUGCAGCCCACACCGUCGGGGCGCGGCACCAGGCGACACCAAAGGCAUCGGCAUCGGAGACGGCCGCAUGGUCACAGGGUGCCAGACAUCAUUUAUAGCUUCGGCAGCCAGUCGGCGGCCAAGCUCCUUUACAGAGGAAAAGGGUACCGCGUCGGGCCCUACACAGGCUAUGUGGACGUGUGGACGAUACCGCGCCAACCUCAACCGCAGUCCCUGCCUCCGCAUCGACUGACAACGUCCCCGUCGCCAACGCCUUCCCCGCCACAUCAUCAGCGGCAGCAUGAGCACUUCCCAGAGGGAACCGCCUUCGCUAGAGUGCUGAUCGCGCCAGAACCGAGCAACGCCGUGUCGCCCGCCGAGCCACGGACGUGCCUUCGCUGCCCCAAGGACCGCACGGUGUGGGUGGGGCCGGGCUUCUCAUGCGCCGAGGUGCCCAAGCCUCGGUUGCGCCCUUGCUCCAGGCUUAUGUCUCUUCCAGGAGAAGUACACAUGCUGGCCAUCGGGGGGCCGCAGCCGGGCUCACUCGUCAUGGAGGGUGUCUACCAGAUGAGCUUUACGUUCCAGGCGCCAGGCAUUCCGCCCCAGAGCUGUCACUACAAGCUCAGGGUCAAAGUGCGUCGCUGUCCAGCGCUACAACGACCCCACAACGGGGGCGCGCGCUGCAGCCGAGGCCGCCACUGGGGCAGCCGGUGUCGCUUCUUCUGCAAACCGGGCUACGCGCUCGAACAGCGGGUGGCAGCUCGCUGCGCCAUUCAUGACGGCGUCCGAGUUAACUGGACGCCCCACCCAGCGCCCAUCUGCAGGGCGAAGAAUGACUCGGCACCGAACGCCGCGACCAACGCCGUCGUACCCUCUACGGUCAUGUCGACUCGGCCCGCAACAGAAGCUAGCGUGCCCACGACGCCUUCGAAGAAAGUGUUUCCCGCCACCGGCUCCCCGCAGCCGCCGAAGCGCUGGAAGCAGCUGGCUUGUCGCUGGCCCAAAGCGCCGUUGCACGGAUGGGUGUCGUGCGAUCGCGGCGCGACGCGCAAGGCCCGGGUCGUGGCCCGGGAGGGCACCCGCUGUCGCCAGGGGUGCCGGUGGGCGCCGCUGAGCGUCGUGACGCACUUCGCCUGCGUUGCGGGUGCGUGGCAAGGAAGGAAAGCCCUGGGCUGCACGGGACCCCCGGAGACUUCAACAGAACUGGCGCCCACGGAGCAGCCCCCGACAACAGAGGAGCGAGCCCCCCAGGGAUGCGCGCCUCCGGCGACGGCCCUCGGCGGCCGCUGGAGCUGCCCGGCCAGUGGACCGCUAGUGGCGCCGGGCGCCGAGUGCGCGUUCGCCUGCGACCAGGAUUACCAGCCGGUUGCCGAGAGCCCCGCGCUGCUCGCCAUGCGCUGCCUCGGGGACCGCUGGAACCACACGGCGGCGCCUGUCUGUAAGAAGAGCGGAUGCGUGGGCCCAUCGCCCGUGCCGAACUCUGCACUUGAAUGCUCGGCCGAUGUCAACACCCUGGGCAGGCGACCCGUCGACACGAUCUGCAGGCACGUCUGCGACGAGGGCUACGAGGUCUCGCCAAGUCAACUGCCAUUGGCCCAAGUCACUUGCCUCGCAAAUGGAAUGUGGAAUCAGGAAGGUCAGCCGCAAUGUGUCAAGAGUGGUUGUGCUAGCCCGGGCAUUCUACCCAACUCUUCGCUCGACUGUUCAAAACACGCCAAUCACCUCGAACACAGGCCUACGGGAACGAUUUGCAAGGUCACAUGUAAAGAAGGGUUUACACUUGCACCAAACCAGCAAUACUUGAACGAGAUCAUUUGUCAAGAGGGCGGCACAUGGAACCAGACAGCAGAGCUUGAGUGUCACAAAAGCGGAUGCUCAAGUCCUGAUCUGGUGCCUGACUCUUCGCUGGAAUGUUCAAACAACGCUAACCACCUCGGCCACCACCCGACAGGCACGUCGUGUAAAAUUGUGUGCAACGAGGGUCUUGGUCUUCCGCCGCACAUGCAGGCUCUUAACCACUUUGUUUGCCAAGAAGACGGUUCUUGGAACCAAACUACACAGCUGGAAUGCAGCAGUGUCGGUUGUCCAAGUUCGAAUCCAGUGCCUGGCUCCUCGCUGGAAUGCUCUACGGCCGCCAGCCGUUUCGGCAAGUUCCCUACAGGCACGACCUGCAAGGUAGUGUGCGCCGACGGACUUGCGCUGCCAUCGAGCCUGCAACCCCUUAAUCAAUUUGUGUGCCAAGAAGACGGCACGUGGAACCAGACAACACAGCUAGAAUGCCGCAAUAACGGAUGCCCGAGUCCCAAUCCAGUGCCGGACUCAUCGUUGAACUGCUCUGCGGACGUUGACCAAUUCGGCCAGUGGCCUACAGGCACGACCUGCCAAGUUGUGUGUGCCGAUGGACUUGCACUUCCGUCGAGCGUCCAGUCUCUUAACUAUUUUGUGUGCCAAGAAGAUGGCACGUGGAACCAAACAGCACAGCUAGAAUGUCGCAACAGCGGAUGCACUAGACCAGACCCGGUGCCUGGCGCCUCGCUGGAAUGUUCAAAAGAUGGCGAAGACCUCGGAAAGUGGCCUACAGGCACCAUCUGCAAUGUAGUAUGCACCGAGGGGCUUGCACUUCCACUGAACCUGCAGUCUCUUAACCUCUUUGUUUGUCUGGAAGAUGGAACGUGGAAUCAGACAGCGCAGUUGGAAUGCCGCAAGAGUGGAUGCGCAGACCCGGAUCCGAUUCCUGACUCUUCACUGAAAUGCUCAAAUGACGCCGACCACCUGGGCAAUCGGCCAAUCGGCACGCUCUGCGAAGUACGCUGCAACAAAGGAUUCACACUUCCGUUGAGCCAUCAAUCAUCUAGCCAGUUUAUUUGCCAGGAGGACGGCGUGUGGAACCAGACAGCUCAGUUAGAAUGCCUCAAGAGCGGAUGCGUGAAUCCGGAUCUGGCACCCAACUCUUCGCUUGAGUGUUCAAUCGAAGCCAACAGUCUCGGCAAUCGGCCUACUGGCACGAUUUGCAAAGUUGUGUGCUCCAAGGGAUUUACACUUCCAUCGAACCAGCAGCCAUUUAGCCAGUUUGUUUGCCAAGAGGACGGUACGUGGGACCACGAGACACAUUUAGAAUGCCACAGAGUGACUUGUGAUAGCCCGCUCAACGUCUCCAAUUCUGUCUUGGAGUGUUCCAACGGCACCAGCGAAGAUGGAAAGUGGACUGUCGGCACUCGAUGUCGAUAUAUUUGCAACGAAGGAUACGCCGUUCCAAAAAUCCAAGAUGGGCUUAACUCAUUCACCUGUCGCGAGGAUGGCACGUGGAGCUUGACCGAUCAGUUGCUCUGUGAUGAAGCGGGCUGUAAAAGUCCGACGCAAGUGGAAGACUCCGUACUGAACUGCACGGUGGAGGCCAACAGUUUAGGGAGAUGGCCCACAGGCGCGAUAUGCUCAUAUGAUUGCAAAGAAGGAUAUGGCCUCACGAAGAGCCAACUUCCUUUCAACCGCAUUACGUGUCACGAUGAUGGCACGUGGAACCAAACGGAAGAACUGCGCUGCAAAAAAACCGGCUGCGAGGAUCCUUCUACUGUCCAGUUCUCUAUGAUGAACUGUUCAGGAACUGUUAAUAAAUUCGGACGGUGGCCUGUGGGGACCGAGUGCUCACAUGUAUGUGACGAAGGAUACGCAGUUUCUCGCCAUGAAGUUCAUCUCAAUUUAUUUAUUUGCCUCGAUGACGGCACGUGGAAUCAAACCGAAGGUCUUCACUGUCGGGAGACCGGCUGCGAAGAACCAGGAAAAGUGCCGCACUCAACCUUAAACUGCUCCUCCGAUUUUAACGCUUUAGGAAAGCGGCCAUUUGGUACGAUGUGUUCAUACGUGUGCAAUGAAGGAUUUGCCGUUCCUCUGGACCUAGAGCGACACAACCAAUUCGCUUGUUCGGAAGAUGGUUCUUGGAAUCAGAAGGAGGAGUUGCUAUGCCUAAAAACUGGUUGUGAGAGCCCAAGGGUUGUACAGAACUCCGUCCUUCAUUGCUCUCAAAGUGCCAACGUAGUUGGCAACUGGCCGGCCGGGACAUCCUGCCAGCAUAUCUGUGAUAAUGGAUUUGUGAUCCCACAAAGCCAACUCAUUCUGAGCGAUAUUAUCUGCCAUGACGAUGGAAAGUGGAACGAGACCGACAACCUGCAAUGUGUCAAGCUUCAAGAUCCCCAGCUAUCUCAAGGCUGCAAAGACGAAGUGGUGGUCGUGGACGGACGCAAUGUGUCGUUUCCAGUCAUCGUCGAAGCCCCAACAUUCAAAGCAUUCAACGACACCAAUGCCGCGGUUCGUUGUACCGCCACGCACGUGACAACCUAUGGUACGCACAUCAUCGUUUGCGACGCCGUCGACUCGGAGCUUCAAUCUACAUCCUCUUGCACGUACAAAGUCACAGCACUUGCCUCCGGAUGCGCACCGCUGCAAAGCGACCCGUACAGCCGGGUGUCCUGCUCUACCGACCGCAACGUCACCGAGGGUCAGCUGCACCCAGUGGGCGACGUGUGCGAGUACAUCUGUCAGCAGCACGGCUACGUCAUCCCCCAGAGCAAGGUCGACUCGGCCCUCAAGGAGUGCUUGCCCAACGGCUCCUGGAGCAACGACGACUUCCAUCUGUGCCAGAAGCAACUAGCCCCCGUGCGGGUAGGUGGCUGCCAGGACAUGGAAAUCGGCACCGACGAGCUGGGCAACACGACCGUGCCACGGCCCGUGUUCCGCACCGGUUCCGGACAACUAGUCAAUGCCACCUGCACACCGGAGAUGUUGGUCGACUUUGGCGACCAUGAGAUCAACUGCGUUGCGGAGGACCACGAGCUCAGGUCGUCGGCGUCCUGCGCGUUUAAGGUAAUAGUCAAAGGUGAAACUCUUCCCCGCCUUCUUGAACCGGGCCAAGAUUGUGUAGACGUCCACGAAGUCCACGACAAGUAUCCAGUGCACGUAAAGCCUCCCGCCUUCGAGGCGGCGUCCGGCGGCGUCGCCUUGGUCACCUGCGAGCCGGCCACUCUGCUUGGGCCCGGCGCGUACAACGUCACCUGUACGGCUAGAGACAAUAAAACCCAGGCAGAAACACAGUGUGCCUAUGUUGUGAACGCGAGGCAGAUCGAGCAGUUCAGGGAGUCGCAGUGUUUGUCGCUAAGGGCUCCCGCGAACGGCAACAUCCAGUGCAAGCGGCGCAUGGGGCUCAUCACAUGCCGCUUCUCGUGCUUCAACGACCACGUGAUGAACACCAAGUCGCUUCCCCUGCUGGCCAGGGGCUACGUCGUCUGCGACCGCGUCCAAGGAGACCGCUUCGACUUCCAGGAGGAGUACGGACUCGACGAGCUGCCCGCCUGCACGCGCCUUCCGUCGCCCACCUACUUCCAGGGCAGCCUCGCCUUCCACGUGGGCCUGCCGAGCUGCUCCCUAGAGAGCCUGCACACAGACUUCAUGCCGACGCUGACCGAGGCGCUGCUCGACCGGGCGGCUGACGUGUGCCUGCAGGCUGUUUGCGACAACGUCACCUUCAUGUGCGAGACAGCUGUUCGCCGCAAUUCGUCCGAUCCUUCUUCCGCAUCGGACGCUAUGAAGGUUGUCUGGACUGUUCAGGCACGGCACAAUGUCAACGCAAGCGAUGACAUCCCCGAGGCCGAAACAGUGAUCGAGCAGAUCCAGGUGCUCACGCACGACAUCGUGACGUCGGACCCAGGUUUCUACCAAGAGAUCGCAAAAGUCGGCGGCGACCUUUGGCAGGACUCCUUCCGCCAGUCUAGGUUCACGUUGGUCUGCGGCAGCCGCGGCUUCACUAUUGAUGCUCACACGGCUCACUGUGUGCAAUGUCCGAGCGGAACAUUCGAGGAGCACGGCUCAUGCUACCCCUGCCCCCAAAACCACUACCAGGACUCUGAGGGCCAGACAAGCUGCAAGCCCUGCCCUAAGCACACUUUCUCCUUCGAAGGGGCCAAAAUGGUUGAGGACUGCACUGAAUUCGCCGGACCUCACGUGCCUCCCCCAGCCAAGGACGCGCCUGCGUGGCAACCACACGAGAGGCACGAACCUUGCUCUCCAAACCCGUGUCGGCACCAGGGCAUUUGCUACCUCCAGAGGGGCGGCUACACCUGCCUCUGUCAGCAACACUAUCGAGGUCGCCACUGCGAGGAACCAGCGGUGCCUGCAGCGGGUCUACGGCAGCUCCUUGUUCCGGGCGGGACCCAGCGCUCCUCCGGUCUACGUGACGUGAACCAAUAAAGG